CAUAAGCAUAUCAUCCUGUAGGGUUUCGUGUGACUUGCACACAUCGCUCCCACAAGAGUUGGUUAUAGUGACGACCUCCUUGACAUGGCUGGUGUUCUUGCUCCUCCACUUUUGGUGACGCAGGAAUUGUCUUUCUAUCACUCUUCGUACUAAUGCGUCACUCAUAAUCAUUGCGAACGUCUAAAAUGGCAGUUAUCUCCUUGUUAGCAACUUGGAGCCUAGGGCAACAAACCGGUGUGGCCGUAGCAAUUUUUGCACUAGCCCUUGUGUCCUUGAUCGUAUAUGGCUGCUUUUUCCAUCCAGUCUCUCACGUUCCUGGACCAUUUCUGGCGAAGUUCUCCCCAUUAUGGAUUAUGAGAGCCUUGUACCGCAUGAAAUUCAACUCGGAACUACAGGCCCUCCACCAACGAUAUGGACCUGCUGUACGAAUCAGCCUCAACGAAGUAUCGUUUGCUUCCUUGGAGGCGGAAACAACAAUAUACGCAAAGCAAGAGGACGGUCGUUUCUCUAAGAAUGGGACCUUCCUAACGCUUUUCUCAGACCUUGUUUUGAACACCCCCACACUUAUCACCAUACCAGAUCCAGGCCUUCACAAGAAAUUGCACAAAGUUAUUGAACAAGCUUUCACUCCUCGAGCGCUCGCAAAGCAGGAGCCUAUUCAGAAGCUCCAUAUCGACAUGGCUAAGCUCAACAUAGACAAAGUUGCAGAGAAUGGAAGCACCAUGGAUCUUGCCGACACUUUGGAGACAAUCUUCUGGGAGAUUAUUAGUGACCUAGCUUUCGGAGAGCCGCUCAUGGCGGGCAAAAGGCCUACAUAUGAGUCACUGAAGCAACUUGGUAAAGUAUCCAUGCCCAUGAUCGAAGCCCUGGGCUUCUUUCUAGCGAUACCUGGCAUCGCUCCAGCACUUGAGAUUGCCAGGAACUUUGUAACUGCAGUAAUGCCACCCCAUUCGCAACUUUCAAAGAUUGUGCCGUCGACAAAGUUACGCGAUUGUAUCGAGAGGCAAGACGGCAGGGAGGACUUUCUCACCGCCAUUAUGGGCAGCGAGAAGCAAGGUAUAACGCUUGAUUCAGAUGCUUUCUUCAGCAACGCUAUGGGUCUGACACUGGCCGGCUACCAGACGACAGCUACAACGCUAACUGCCAUGUUUUACCACAUUCUACGUGAUCCUAACUCUUAUGACAAGCUUCGUACCGAACUGAGCUCCAGUCUCGCCAAUGAAGAGGACAUUACAGGGGAGCGUCUUGCUCGAUUACCCUUUCUGAACGCUUGCAUCCGUGAGACCUUGCGUCUGCUCCCACCUGCUAAUGGCAAAACGGCGCAACGAACGGCCCCAUCGGGUAUUAUAGCAGGGCUAUACAUUCCCGCGGGAACCAUCGUCUCUGCCGACCUAUACACGAUUCAGAGGUCGCCGGAAUAUUUUGCCGACCCCGCCACAUUCCGACCGGAAAGGUGGCUCGAAGGCGCGGCCGAGAGUACCGAGUUCAAAACGGACAACCCAGCGGCCUAUCGCCCUUUUCUCAUUGGGAGUAGAGCUUGUAUCGGCAGACAUAUGGCGCAGCAAAGCAUUCGCCUUAUAGUGGCGAAAUUCCUCUGGGCUUAUGACUUUGAACUCUUAGAUCCGCAUGGAUUCGUUUGGGAGCGCGAUGCGGGUAGCAGCCUCAUUUACACUGACUAUAAGCUUGUUGUACGUGUAAAAAAAUCAAGUGGGAGACUAUAGGAUACGGACAGGGCCAAAAGCGCAUUCAAUGUGGUAUUUUAAUAUGAGUAUAGAGCAGCUUUGUGCUAGCUUACUUGACUAGCACGUUAAGCGAUGAAGAAUAGAAUUUGGCAUGUUAUACUCUUUAAUA